AUGAUGGCCGGGGCCCGCCUCUCCCAGGCCCGCAUCCCAGCGGUCGCCGUGUGGCUCCUUUGCUCGCUCGGCCUCCUGGUCACCGAGGCCGGGCCGCCGCCCGUGCCCCCCAGUCAGCUCACGGCCGACAACUGCCUGGACCGCUUUACCCCCGGGGUGCCUGCCUUCGUACUCGACACCGACGCCUCGGUGAGAAACGGCGCCACCUUCCUGCGCUCCCUCACCGUGCGCCGCGGCCGGGACUGCGUGCACGCCUGCUGCAGCUCCAACGACUGCAAUCUGGCGCUGGUGGAGUUGCAGCCCGACGGCGGGGAGGACGCCAUCGCCUCCUGCUUCCUCAUCAACUGCCUCUACGAGCAGAACUUCGUGUGCAAGUUCGCGCCCAGGAAGGGCUUCAUCAACUACCUCACGCGGGAGGUUUACCGCUCCUACCUCGAGCUGCGGACCCAGGGCUUCGUAGGGUCCCGGAUCCCCAAGGCCUGGGAAGGCACAGACUUGAAGGUACAGCCACAGGAACCCCUGGUGCUGAAGGGUGUGGAGAACACAGAUUGGCGCCUACUGCAGGGUGACACAGACGUCAGGGUAGAGAGGAAUGAUCCAGACCAGGUGGAGCUGUGGGGACUCAAGGAAGGCAGCUACCUGUUCCAGCUGACGGUGGCCGGUUCAGACCAGCGAGAGAGCACGUCCAACAUCACAGUCACCGUGCUGUCCCCCAAGCAGACAGAAGAAUACUGCCUUGCAUCCAGCAAGGUGGGCCGCUGCCGUGGUUCCUUCCCCCGCUGGUACUACGACACCACAGAACAGAUCUGCAAGAGUUUUGUUUAUGGAGGUUGUCUGGGCAACAAGAACAACUACCUUCGGGAAGAAGAGUGCAAGCUCGCCUGCCGCAAUGUGCAAGGCCCCUCAGUGGAAAGGCAUCAUCCAGUGUGCUCUGGCACCUGUCACUCCAGCGAGUUCCGCUGCAGUGAUGGCUGCUGCAUCGACAGCUUCCUGGAGUGUGAUGACACUCCUGACUGCCCCGACGCCUCCGAUGAGGCCACCUGUGAAAAAUAUACCAGAGGCUUCGAUAAACUCCAGAAGAUCCAUUUCCCCAGGGACAAAGGCCACUGCGUGGACCUGCCAGACACGGGCCUCUGCUUGGAGAGCAUCCCCCGCUGGUACUACAACCCGUUCACUGAACGCUGCGCCCGCUUUACCUAUGGUGGUUGCUAUGGCAACAAGAACAACUUUGAGGAGGAGGAGCAGUGCCUUGAGUCCUGUCGUGGCAUCUCCAAGAAGGAUGUGUUUGGUCUGCGGCGGGAAAGCCCCAUUCCCAACACAGACUCCGUGGAGGUGGCCAUUGCAGUGCUCCUGGGAACCUGCAUCGUGGUGGUGGUAGCCAUCCUGGGUUACUGCUGCUUCAGGAACCAGAGGAAGGGCUUCCACAGACACCGCCACCACCACCCCCCACCCUCUACCCCCACCAGCUCCAAGGUAUCCACCACCGAGGACACGGAGCAUCUGGUCUACUACCAAACAACCCGACCCCUCUGAGCCUGGGGCUCUAGAGGGCUCUAGCCAGUUCUCACCUGGCCCUGCUUCCUCCUUGCCAAGGUAGAGGCCUGGGCUGAGGAAGACUUUGGGACCAGACUCCUCCAGCCUGUUUCCCAGGCCUAUCUGCCUCCAGGGCCAGGGUUCCAGACCCUCUUGGAGGUGUCUCAGCUAAGCUCAGGCUACUUGUUCCUGAGAAAGCUCAAGGGUCUGCAAGGAGCAGAAAACCUUUGAGCCAGGAGUCCCACGCAUGGUUGGACCCGUCUGCCUAGGACUUCAGAGGAAGUUGGAAUUUUGCUUCCUGUUCAGAGCUGCCUGCCCCCAUCCCACGACCUUGAGAAGAGGCCUGGGGUCGCAUCAGAGGCUGGAGGCCCCAACUCCCAUCCUCCAGAGCUGCCCCUCCCACCCUGCAAAGUCCAGGGCUGGGGUGCAGGGGAGGACAUCCCUGUAUAUUCUGUGUUGUACAGAGCUGCUUUCUGUUUAUUUAAUGCUGUGCCGGGUGGGUGGGAGGAGUGGAAAGUGGCUCUCUGGCCGCUGCCGCCUCUUCCCCUUCCCCACGGAGUGAGCCCCAACCUGGCCUGGCACACACAGCCAGAUCCUCGGCGCCCCCCAGGGCCCUGCUGCUCCCCUACUUCCCACCGGCCCCAGUCCACCCACAGUGUAAUAAAGUGAUUUGUCCUGU